AUGGCCUCCCUACGUAAAGCCUGCCGGAAUUGCACUGCCUCCAAGCGAAAGUGCGUCAUCCAAGUUCCCAAGUGUACCCGUUGUGCCCAGCGGGGCUUGCAGUGCACGUAUGACCUUGAGCCUCUGAGCGCCCCGGUAGCCCAGCUUAGAGAAACGCCUCAACUCUCUUGGAACCCGUCGGCCUCCGAAGCCCCUGGAUACUGUUUGAUCCGGCGUGUCGAAACCCGGCCUAGCAAUAUCGACCCGGCCAUUUGCAGCCCCGGGCAUGAAUCCGCACUCGAGGUGCUUCGCCUGGGCUAUCAAAGUAUCCCAAGCCAGUUACGAUCUGGAAAGCCUGCGCUCUUCGUGCAUUCGAAGCUGCAACUGCAUGGCAAUCGCAAUCAUCUUGACCCCCUUGUGAAAUCGAAGACGGGUAUAGACUAUGAAGACUUCAUGCGCCUGGUCGGGCUGAAUAUCGAAGCAUUGCCGAUCAAAGAGGCUCUUACAGCCCUGCAAGCCCUCACCGUUCAUCUGGCUACUCUUGCGCUGGAUGGACGAAAUGUCCAAGGUUUUCUCGACCUCCUAGUGGAGUGGGCACAAGCUCUACUGGCAUCCGCUCAGACUCAAAUGCCCCCGGAACAGUCACCCUGGCAGACAUGGCUAUUCGGGGAAAGCGUCCGACGGACGAUAGUCAUGUCAUACGCUCUGGCCAUGGCCGUAAACAGUUUCACGAACGGAUACUGCACCUAUUGGAUGUUCUUGGAGUCUCUUCCGUUCGAUAGACGGGCCGGGCUGUGGAUGGCGGAGUCUCCACAGGCUUGGAUCGCAAACGCUGGAGUAAAAUAUGGCGAACAAGUCGGAGAACAGCUCAUAUCCUUCCAUGAGUUUGGGCUAAGUCACCAUAAGCCUGGUGACGAUUUCCGUGGAGACGCCUUUUUAAGUUUAGUGGCCGUCGGUCAUGGAUAUUCUUAUCAGUCAUAG